GUGGGUUUUUCCCUAAAAAUUCCACUGAAAUACAGAGCUUUGAGCGUUGACCUGUGCCCGGUCGCUGUUGCCUUCACCUCGCGCCGCCUGCCACCUCGCCCCGGGCCGCCGCUUUGGCCUCACGCCGCCGUCACCUUGCGUCAUCGCUUCUCCGGCGAUGCCCCCGACGCGAUCGCUAUUCUCGGACCUCCCUCUCUCUCUCUCUCUCUCUCUCUCUCUCUCCGGCUGAAAUUCCCCUCUCCUAAUGCCAUUGGAUGAAAGUUGCUCCACCGAACGGGAGUAGGUAAUCAUCUCCGAGCAAGAUUAGGGAUCCUGAGAUCGAAGGAGAACGGCGCCAUUCAAUUCACGAUCCAGAACUUGAUCCGGAGCGAAUCGCGUUCCUGAGUUUGCUUCUCCGCCUCGAUUUCGGACGAAUUCGAGUCGAUUGCAUGCCCUGUGGCCGUCCAAGGCGGCGGCGGCGGCGGCGACGGUCCGAAACCAGCUGAUGCAAGAGAGCUAGAGAGCCGAUUUUCGCGGCCGGGCCACGGCCUACGGUCGUCCAUAGGGCCACGGUAGGUGAGGUCAGUGGGCUUUCUCCAUUGCCGGCCACCGCCGGAGACAAAUUUGCAGUCGUGAUGAGCCUGAUCUGAUCCGCCACCCAUUUGCCGCGUCUGAGGCACGAGGGGACAUCAUGUGGCUCUUGGCUGUUGCGUCACUGGUUUUUCUAUGGUUCGCAUCUUUGAUAGCAUACUUCCCCAGAAAACCUGCAUUCCUAAUCAGUGGCGAAAAUGCUAACAAGAGCAAUGUCUUGCUGGUUAUAGCCCACCCCGACGACGAGUCCAUGUUUUUCUCGCCAACUAUAAGUUAUCUCACUUCAAGGGGACAUAACCUUCAUAUUUUAUGCUUGUCAGUUGGUGAUGCUGAUGGCAAAGGAAAUAUAAGAAAAGAAGAGCUUUAUCAAGCUUGUGUGACUCUCGAGGUGCCAUGCCCACAAGUUAAAGUCAUGGAACAUCCAGAUUUGCAGGAUGGGUUUGGCAACAAAUGGAAUCAUGACCUAUUAUCCAAGAUCAUAGAACAGGAAGUGCUUGCUCGUGGCAUUCAUGUGGUUAUCACUUUUGAUGACUAUGGUGUUUCGGGCCAUUGCAACCAUCGUGAUGUGCACUAUGGGGUUCGGAAGUUCCUUCAAGUGACGGCACAAAGAGAUAUCGAGGCCUGGGAACUUGUAAGUACCAACAUCUUACGCAAGUAUAGUGGACCAGUCGAUUUUUGGAUAUCCACGUUGUUUGCCUCGCGUAGCCCCACUGGGUCAGUGCAUUGCUUGAUGAAUGAGAAUCCUCGGAGGAGCUUUAUUGCUAUGUCGCAACACUCGAGUCAAUGGGUUUGGUUCCGCAAGCUUUUCGUUUCCUUCUCUAGCUACACAUACGUGAACACGCUAAGAAGCAUCGACGGGUCAGAGCAAAUGGGCAACGAUCGAGAACUGUAGCAUUGUGUAUUCAUAUGAUUUAGGCAUUUUUGCUGAUGCUAAGGUUCUCCUAACAUCGCGAAUGGAAGUCAGAUGUCCGUUGUAACCCGAAACUUUUGAUGUAAGAAAUUGGAUACCCAGCGAUACGAAAAGUUCUUUUCC